AGGGUCUGCCGGGAGCGAGCGGAGGAUCGCCUGGCAUCUGGCCGGAGUGACCCUGCGCCACGAUCUCCCCCUCUUCGCGCCCCCUCGUGAGGCGGGCAUGGCAGGCAAAGUGAGCUGCGCCUUUUCCAAACGCUGCUUGGCCAGGGCGCUGCGGCGGCAGGCGGAGCAGCCGGGCAUGGCGGACGGCCGGACGAUGCCCAAGGACCGAGUCCUGACCCUGGAGUCCAUGAACCCCCAUGUCCGGAUGGUGGAGUACGCCGUGCGGGGACCCAUCGUUGCCCGGGCCAACCAGCUGAAGAAGGAGCUGAUGCAGGGGGUGGAGAAACCCUUCACCGAAGUGAUUGCAGCCAACAUUGGGGAUGCCCAAGCUAUGGGGCAGAAGCCCAUCACUUUCCUGCGCCAGGUCAGCGCCCUCUGCAUGUAUCCUGACCUCCUGAAUUCCCCCGAUAUCCCUGAAGAUGCGAAGCAGAAAGCUCAGAGACUCCUGGCCGCCUGCGGAGGGCAGAGCAUUGGGGCCUACAGUGCCAGUCCUGGGAUUGAACUCAUCCGUCAGGAUGUGGCGGCCUUCAUCCAGUGCCGAGAUGGGGGAAUACCCUCUGACCCACAGAACAUCUACCUCUCCACGGGGGCCAGCAGCGCCGUUGUGGCGGUCCUGAAGCUGCUGGUCUCAGGGGAGGGGUCUUCCCGGACAGGCGUGAUGAUUCCCAUCCCCCAAUACCCGCUCUACUCAGCCACCCUGGCGGAACUCAACGCGCAGCAGAUCAACUACUACCUGGACGAGGACCAUUGCUGGGCUCUGAGCAUUGAGGAGCUGCGGAGGGCGCUGGGCCAGGCGCGGAGGCGUUGCCGGCCGCGGGUUCUCUGCGUCAUCAACCCGGGCAACCCUACAGGUCAAGUCCAAAGCCGCAAAUGCAUCGAGGAGGUCAUCCACUUCGCUUGGGAAGAAGGCCUCUUCCUCAUGGCCGACGAGGUGUACCAGGACAACGUCUACGCGGAGGGCUCCCAGUUCCACUCCUUCAAGAAGGUCCUUUUCGAAAUGGGUCCCAAGUACUCGGAAGCGGUGGAGCUGGCCUCCUUCCACUCCAUCUCCAAGGGCUUCAUGGGCGAGUGUGGUUUCCGUGGAGGUUACAUGGAAGUCAUUAACAUGGACCCUGAAGUCCAGCAGCAGCUGACCAAACUGGUCUCCGUCCGCUUAUGCCCACCUGUGACUGGCCAGAUUCUCCUGGACGCCGUGGUCAACCGGCCCCAGCCAGGAGACCCCUCCUACCAGCGCUUCAGCCAGGAAAAGGCGGCUGUGCUGGGCGCUCUGGCCAGGAAGGCCCGGCUGACCGAGGAGAUCUUCAACCGGGCGCCCGGGAUCCAUUGCAACCCGGUGCAGGGGGCCAUGUACGCCUUUCCCCGGAUCGAGCUGCCCCUCCGGGCCGUGCAGGAGGCUCAGGCCCAGGGCCAGGCGCCCGACAUGUUCUUCUGUCUCCGGCUGCUGGAGGAGACGGGCAUCUGCGUGGUGCCCGGUAGCGGCUUCGGCCAGAGAGAAGGCACCUUCCACUUCAGAAUGACCAUCUUGCCUCCGGAGGAGAAGCUGGAGAUCCUCCUGCAGAAGCUGAGCCAGUUCCACGCGAAGUUCACCCGGGAAUAUUCCCAGGGCCAGCUGUAGCGUCUCCGGGAAGGCUGGCCGGAGAGAUGCCGGGGCAGUGGGUGGGCCGAGGGGGUGGGGGUGGGGUCACCCUCUGGGCUUCGUCCCACCUUCGGGGUUCAUAAGUGCCCCCAGCCCCACCCUUCCCCCACCCCCAAUGAUGAAAGCAAAGACUGGGGAAGGCUCCGUGCCCAGCCGGGUAUCUGAGAAAAUCACCAGCUGUGCCUGACCUCGAACGGGGCCUUCAAGGACCUACAGAUGGACCUUCUCCAAGCCCGGGCAGCUGUGGGCACCAGCUGCCUUGAGAGAUCUGGGGCCAUCAAGCCAAGUUGCUGCUUCGCCCUCAGAGGCUCAACCAUUCCUGCCUUAUCCUUUGGCCUCCGUGCUCUGGGUUCCCCAGGGGUCCCCUCUGCCCCUUUCAUGGACCCGGCUGGGGGCCCAGCUGGCUCAGGGAAGGUUGCAAUCCGGGGGGGUGGACACCUUGCAAAGAGACCCUCGGGAGAAUCUGCCCAGCUAACCCGGAAGCCUCCUGAGACAAAGGUUGGGCCUUGGGGGAAGAGGGGGCCAGGGUCCCCUCCCUCACAUGGCUGGGAAUGUGAAAGGGGGGCUGCAGAGGAUCAAUAAAACCGAUCUGAUCAAUAGCUGAA